AUGCUCCGUUUACCUGCAGUACUCCGUCAGAUACGGCCAGUGUCCAGAGCACUCGCCCCCCACCUCACACGAGCAUAUGCAAAAGAUGUUAAGUUCGGAGCAGAUGCUAGAGCUCUCAUGCUUCAAGGAGUAGAUCUUCUAGCAGAUGCUGUAGCUGUCACCAUGGGGCCAAAGGGAAGAACAGUUAUUAUUGAACAAAGCUGGGGCAGUCCCAAAGUGACGAAAGACGGCGUGACAGUAGCAAAGGCAAUUGACUUAAAAGACAAAUACAGAAACAUUGGAGCCAGGCUAGUUCAGGAUGUUGCCAACAACACAAACGAAGAAGCAGGAGAUGGCACCACGACUGCAACGGUGCUCGCCCGUGCCAUUGCCAAGGAGGGCUUUGACAAGAUCAGCAAAGGAGCUAAUCCAGUAGAAAUCAGGAGGGGGGUGAUGCUUGCAGUCGAUGCUAUCAUAGCUGAACUGAAGAAGCUGUCUAAGCCUGUUACAACUCCAGAAGAAAUUGCACAGGUUGCCACAAUAUCAGCAAAUGGAGAUCAGGAGAUUGGUAAUAUAAUCUCAGAUGCAAUGAAAAAAGUUGGCCGGAAGGGUGUGAUCACUGUGAAGGAUGGAAAAACUCUAAAUGAUGAAUUGGAAAUCAUUGAGGGUAUGAAAUUUGACAGAGGCUACAUCUCUCCAUAUUUUAUUAAUACAACCAAAGGGCAGAAAUGUGAGUUCCAGGACGCUUACGUUUUAAUCAGUGAAAAGAAAAUUUCUAGUGUACAGUCCAUAGUUCCAGCUCUUGAAAUUGCCAAUUCUCACCGCAAACCUUUGGUCAUCAUUGCUGAGGAUGUUGAUGGAGAAGCCCUCAGCACUCUAGUCUUGAACAGGCUGAAGGUUGGUCUUCAGGUUGUUGCUGUAAAAGCACCAGGUUUUGGUGACAACAGGAAAAACCAGCUGAAGGACAUGGCAAUUGCGACUGGCGGGGCUGUGUUUGGAGAAGAGGGUUUGAACCUAAAUGUGGAAGAUAUUCAGCCUCAUGACUUCGGUAAAGUUGGGGAGGUCAUUGUGACAAAAGAUGACACCAUGCUUCUGAAGGGGAAGGGUGAAAAGGCUCAGAUUGAGAAACGCAUUCAAGAAAUCAUCGAACAGCUGGAAGUUACCACGAGUGAAUAUGAAAAAGAGAAGCUGAACGAGCGACUGGCCAAGCUGUCUGAUGGGGUAGCAGUACUGAAG